AUGAAGCCCUUGAGCGACCGAGAAUCCACCGGUGAAGAUGUGCAACUGGAGAGUGGCUUUCCCGCUGCGGUUGACAUUGGUGACUCUGCUUCCUUCACGAGCAUGCCGCAGGCUGAUGGUCAACUCAAACGCAAAUUGAGAUCUCGCCACGUCCAGAUGAUCGCAAUUGGAUCCUGCAUAGGGACCGGCCUGCUCAUCGGGUGCGGCAAGGUCCUUCAUACGGGUGGCCCUCUGUCUCUUGUCCUAAGCUUUGCUCUUGUGGGAGUGGCUUUGGCUAUCAUGAUGCAAGGUCUGGGGGAGCUUGCCGUGGUGCUUCCUGUCUCAGGCGGUGUUACGGACUAUGCCACGAGAUUCUUCAAUGAUUCUUUGGGAUUCGCCGUCGGCUGGCAGUACUGGCUAGCAUGGGUUGCCAUCUUUGGAGCCGAGGCAUCAGCUUUCAGUCUUCUCAUCGGUUACUGGAAUGACGAGCACAAAUACAUACCGCUCUGGAUCUCUAUCUUCAUCAUUGUCAAUCUUGCCGUCCACCUGUUUCCGGUCAACGUGUUUGCAGAAGUUGAGGUCGUUGUCUCGGCAGUCAAAAUCAUCUCCAUUUUCAUCUUCAUCAUCGUCGUCUGGGUCAUUAUGGGUGGGGGUGGGCCUCACGGCGCCAAACACGGCGCCGGAAAUUGGCAUCUGCCGGAAUUGGAUAACGGCGUGCUUCACGGCUUCAGAGGCAUCGCUUCGGGAUUUGUCACGGCAGCUUUUGCGACUGGUGGCACGGAAAUGGUGGCCAUUGUGGCAGGAGAGAUGCAAGCUCCUCGUCGUGAUCUGCCUGCUGCGAUCAACCUUCUGAUGUGGCGUAUCUUUGUCUUCUAUGUGGUUGCAAUGUUGUUCCUCACGUUCGUUGUCCCGUACAAUAACGAGGCACUGAUCGGCGGUUCCAAAACCAACAGCUCGCCAUUCAUCCAAGCCAUCAAAGGAGCGGGCAUUCAGGCGCUCCCAGACGUCUUGAAUGCCGUGGUCAUGGUGUGUGUGUGCAGCGUGGCCAGUUCCAGCGUUUACAUAGCGUCACGCACGCUGAAAACGAUGGCGGACAUGGGCUACGCCUUUCGCAUCUUCAACAAGGUGGACGCCCAGGGGCGGCCGUGGACCGCACUGAUAUUUACGGCCUCGGUCUCCAUUGUGCUUGCGUAUCUGAACUGUAGCAGCACGGGAGCCAUCGUCUUCUCUUGGUUUUCUGCCAUCUCGGGUGAAGCCUUCUUCAUCGUGUGGAUGGUUUUUAUCCUUUGCAACUGGCGGUUUCGUGGUGCUGUUGACAUGCAAAAGGAUGACCUCUUCGACAAACCUUUUGCUUUCCGACAACCAUUGUAUCCGUGGCUACCUAUGCUUUCAUUCGUCAUGUUUCUCUUCAUGUUGGUCAGCCAAGUCAUUCUGUCGCUGUGGCCGAUUGAUGGACAACCAACCGCCUCGAAAUUUUUCUCCGACUGCCUAAGUCUGCCCUUGUUUAUUGUCAUGUGGGCAGGCCAUCAAUUAUGGAGUCGCCAGCCCCUGAAAAACCUUAAAGUGAUUGACUUGCACACGGGCCGGCGACGGAUGGAGGCCUGGGAGAUGGAAGAGUUGCAAAAUCGGCAAAGCCUCAAGUGGUAUCAACGGGCACUUUCCUACCUGAAGCUGUAGAGGUCAGGCGGAAACACGUUCGGUAGUGCCCUAGCCGUGUAGGCUUGAAGUGGAAGCCUAGAGAUGUGACUGGUCACGGCGG